CAGGCCCUCCUAGGCGGAAGGUGAUCGUUCAGCGAAGGGUGACCCGCCGGCCGCGAGAUGUCGAAGUUCGACGAGUUGCUGAUUCUCCUGGGGACCGGAAGGUGGAAUCUGGUGACCUUCUUCGCUGCGGGAUACUGGAUGAUCCAGGUCCCUUGCCAGAGCGUGGGCGGCGCCUUCCUCACGCCCGAAGUGGACCACUCUUGCCGCCUUCCUCCCGAGGCCACCAACGUGUCGGAAGUGUCACAGUGCAAGUACAACGUGACGACCUCUGUUGGGAGCUUCGAGGAACGACCCUGUCUGCAAUGGGACUUCGACAACACGACCUACACCAACACCUUGACCUCAGAGUUCCAGCUGGUGUGCGAAUACAGGUUCCUUCGGCCAGCCUUCAAGAGCCUCUACUUCUUCGGUGCCUUCGUCGGGGCUCCUCUGAAUGGAUGGUUGUCUGAUAAAUACGGGAGGAAGACGAUGCUCGUGGUAGGGACUCUCACCUACUCGGUCUUGGCCAACGCGGUCUCCUGGCUUCACAACAUCUCGGUUAUCCUGCUGGCCCGGUUCUGCUUGGGGCUGAUGCAUCCGACGUCCAUACAUUCUGCUUUCAGUCUAGCCAUGGAGAUCUGCGUCCCCCGCUACAGAUCCUUCGUGGGCAUCCUCGUUUUUCUUGCCUUGGUCUCUGUCCGUCAUCGCCCUGGGUGGCUAUGGCUACCUGCUGAGAGACUGGAGGUGGCUCAUGUUCACAGUCUGUCUGCCGAGUCUGCUGUUCUUGCCCGCGCUGUGGUAGUGGGAUAG